AUGGCUGAGAUGAAGGAGCAGGCAGCAGCGGCUGCCCGCGCCCAUGCAGAGGCGCUUGAAGCCGCUGAGGCGCAGGCUGCGGACGCGCGCCAGCUGGCGGCGCUGUACGAGCAGCAGGUGGCUGACGUCAAGGCGCAGCUGCAGGCAUCCCAGAGCGGCGGCACGCAAGGCGCGCCAAGCACGCUGCCGGCGGCACGGCCUGCUCAGAUGGCCGGGGCGGGGGAUGUCGCCGACCCCUACCAGGCUGCGUCCGCAGCAGAGCUGCUUGGCCAGGAUCCCGGGCGCGUGGCGGUUGGACUCCAGCAGCAGGGCAAGAGCUACUCUGACCUGGUGGCUGACUACAUCGACAUGACGCACGCGUUCCGCAUGGAACGCCUGAGGGCUCAGGAGCUGGAGGCCAGCCUGGACCGCCUCUGCACCGCGGCCAAUCGCAAGGCUGCAGACAGCGACCGUCAGCGCCGCGAAUAUGAGGGCGUGCGCGCCGCCCUCGCAGCGCUGCAGUCGGUUCAUGCCGAGGCGGUGGCACGUGCGGGGCAGUUGUCCGCGCGUGCUGCGGAGCUGGAGCGUGAGCUGGCUGCCGAGCGGCACCUGGAGGCUGGCAUACGUCAGGGCCUGGCCGACAAGGAGCGCCAGGUAGCGGUGCUCACGGCCGAGGUGGAACGCCUGCAGGGCAGGCCCGUGCCACCGGGCGGCGACGGCGACGGCAACACCGCUCUCCUGGGGAGCGGGGCUCUGGAUGCAGCCGGCGUGAUCAACCUGCGCCUGGUGACAUUCCGCUCACUGGCCGAGCUGGUGGAGCGCAACAGCCAGCUGCUGGCGGUGGCGCGCAGCCUGGCCGAGGACCUCGACGCCAGCAGGCAGGGGCUGGAGGCCAAGUACGCAGCGGCGCGCGCGGCAGAGUCGGCCGACGUAGAGCAACGUAUUGCGGAGCUCACGGAGAUGUGCAACGCCCUGGCAACGGAGGCCCAGGCCUGCAAGCGCGCUGCUGAUGAGGCCCUGCGCGACAGGCAGGUGCGCGACCAGGCCGGCUGCGGCGGCGGCGGCGGCGGCAGGGCAGAAGGCACGCAGGCGGCGGCUGCUGCGGAGCUGGAGGCGGCAUGCGCCAGGGUGAAGGAGCUGGAGGCGGCACUGAGCCAGCUGCGGACGGAUGCGGCGGAAAGCGCUGCAUUCAUGCAGCAGCAGCUGGAUGCGGCGCGCUCCGCCGAGGGCGCCUCGCGCAGCGACGCCGCAACGGCACGCGCGCAGCAGCAGGUGUUGUCUAAUGCGGCGGCGGCGCUGCAGCAGCAAGUGGCUGAUGCCAACGCACGUGUUGAGCGUCUCACGGGCCAGUUGAGCUCUCACCGCGACCUGGUGGAAAGGCUGGAGGUGCAGCUUGAGCAGGCGCGUGCAACAGCGGACGGGUCAGGCGAGGAAGCGCGCCAGAUGGCCCGCCGCGCUGCCCAGAUGGAGGUGCAGCUGGGGCACCUGCAGGCGCAGGAGGCGCGCGCUGCCGAGGCGGAGCGAGCCGCUGUCGCAGAGCGCGAGCGUAUGCACGCUGAGCUCCUGGCUGCAAAGAGUGUUGAGGCGAUGCGCCAGGAGGCCCACGCACGCGAGGUGGCGGACAUGCAGGCGCGCAUCAGUGCCCUGCAGGCAGAAGUUUCGCGGGCGCAGGAGGAGGUGGCACGUGAGAAAGAGCAGCGCACCGACAAGCUGGAGGAGGCUCUUAGGGAGGGCAGGGCCGCUCGCGCUGAUGCAGACGUGCUGCGAGGCCAGUUGCAGGAGGCUCGCAGCACUGGCGCCGCGUCAGCGGGCAAGGCUGAGGCGCUGGGCCAGCAGCUGGCAGCUGCAGCGGCACGGCUGCGCGUGCUGGAGCAGCAGGCUGAGCAGCGCGAAGCUCAGGCUGCCAGCGCUGCAGCCGGCGGCGCCGAGGACGGCCCUGAGCGCAGGGUGCUGGAGCUGGAGCGCCGCUUGAAGGAGGCAGAGUCCCAGGUGGCCUCUGUGACGGGGGAGCUUGAGGCCACCAGGAAGCGCAAUGAGGACGUGGCCACAUUGCUGGCGGCGGCACAGGCGGCGCAGAGGGACCUGGCGGCAGCCAAUGAGUCGCUGCGCACGGAGAGGGACGCGGCAGUGGCAGCCGACCGCAAUGCAGCGGCAGAGGCAGUCGCUCGCGUGCAGCGGCUUGAGGAGGAGAGGCAGGAGCUUGUCACGGCCCGGGACACAGUUCAGCAGGAGCUGGCUACCAUCCAGGCAACGCUUCACGCAGAGCGCUCCCGGGCCGCCAACUCUACAGGCCAGGUGCAGCGCCUGGAGGAGCAGCACCGCCAAGAGCUGCAGCGCCUGGAGGAGCAGCUGGCGGCUGCACACAGCAGCCUGGAGCGCGCUGAGUCGGUGUCAAAGGCUCAAACAUACGAUCUGGCGGCAGCGUACAGGCGCGCAGAGGCUUGGGAGAAGCAGGCGCUUGACGCACGCGCCAAGCUUGAGCAGGCGCAUCAAGCAACGAGAGUUGCGCAGGAAGAGGCUGGAAAGCAAACAGCUGCGGCAGCUGAGCAGGUGCGGGUCAGCGAGGAGGCGCGCGGCGAGGCAGAGCGGCGGCUAGCAGAGGCACACCACGCCAACGACGCACUGCAGCGGCAACUGGAUGCGCUGCUGGCCGGCAGCGGCAGUGAGGGGACGGCACAGCUGCCCCUGGCGCCAACGGGUGAGGGCCUGCUGGAAGCGCUGGCUGCCGCGCGCCAGGAGCGCGAGUACCUGGAGGGCCGCGUGGCCAUGCUCAGCCUGGACGCAAAGCGCAGCCUGCGCGACAGGGACCUGGCCAGGCAGGAGGUCAAGGCCCUACAGCUGGAGGUGCAGCAGCUGCGCCAGGAGGUUUCUUCCGGCCUCAUGACCUCAGCUCAGAUGCAGGAGGCAGCGGGGGCCCAGGAAGACCUCACCACCCUGCGCGAGUCAAACGCUCACCUGCGCGCUCACAACAAGGAGCUGCUCGCCGAAGCGCAGCAAGCGCGGCAGGAGGCGGCUGCGGCGCGCCAGCAGCUGCAGCCCCUUCAGGACCGCAUCACGUCGCUGGAGGUGUCCCUACAGGUUGAGAAGGAGGCUGUGCAGAGCGCCAAUGACACCGCGCAGCGAGCUGAGGCGAGCCUUCAGCGCAUGGUCCAGCGCUAUGGCUCUGUCGACAUGGAGGAAUACAACAGGGUCAAGGAGGAGAGCCGGCAGGCCAAGGAGGAUCUGGUUGCUGCCAACAAGGCCCACGGCGCCGCCACUGAGGCACUUCACUCCGCCCAGGCAGACGCUCAGCGGCAUGCUGAGGCAGCGGCUGUGGCCACCACCAAGGCUCAGUUGCUGGCAAAGCAAGCAAAAAAUGCAGAGAAUGACGCACAGCAGGCGCGCUCUGCGCUGGCAGGUGCGGAAGAGGCGCGGGCCAAGGUGGAGGCCGCCAGGGCGGAUCUAAUCAGCAGGUCCAACAACAUCAUAAAAAAGAUGCAGGAAAACCUGGACAAGUUCAAGGCCGACGCUGCGGCGCAGCGCAAGCGGGCCGAUGAUCUUGCAGUCAAGGAGACACAGCUGACGCAGCAGGUGGAUGGUUUGAAGCAGCAGGUUGAGGGUCUGCGGCAGCAGGUGGAGAACAUGACGCAGCAGCUGCAGGCGGCGGAGGCGCAGGCAGUGCGGGGGCGUAACGACCAGCUGCAAAAGGAGCUGCUGGAGCUGCGCAACAAGCUUGAUGCAAAGGAGCAAGCACAGGCCGCUGGUCGGCGACGGCAGGUGCCGGAGCCUGUGCCUGUGCCGGAGUUCGUGGCCAAGCAACAGGCUCGAGAACAGCCUGAGGCGGCGGCGGCGCAGCAGCAACCGGGCUCGCUGCUGCCAUCAUUGCAGCAGCAGCAGCAGCAGCAGCAGCAGCAGCAGCAGCAGCAGCAGCAGCAGCAAUCACCACCGGCUACAGUGGAGCGCAAGGCUUCCGCCCGGCCCAGCAUCCCAGCAACCAGCGCUGCAACUGCCAGCAGUGAACAGCAGCAACAGGAACAGCUGCCGUCCGGCCAGCAGCUGGAGGAGAGUCAGCCUAUUCUUGAUGCGCCAGGGCAGCAUGGCGAGCAGCAGCUGGCGCCCAUGCAGCACGAUGAGCUGUCGCCGCAGCGGCACCAGGAAGAUGCGCAGAAGCAGCAGCAGGAGCAGCAGCAGCAGCAGCAGCAGCAGCAGCAGCAGGAGCCGGUGCAGCCUGUUGAGUGGCACGAGCAGGCACAGGAGCACCAUGUUGAAGAGCAGGCACAUGAAGGGGCAGGGCGACAGCAACAGGAGGCGCGACAGCAGGAGGAGCAGGCAGAGGAGGAGCAGGAAGCUCAACGCCAGCUGCUCAGCGAGGAGCCCCACAGCGAGGGCGGCGGCAAGGAGGGGUUGGACGGGGCGGAGGCUAUGGAGGCUGAUCAGGGGGUGGACCAGGAGGGGCUGGAGCAGCAGGGGCCGGAGCAGCAGGGGUCGGAGCAGGGAGCCACGGAACAGGCUGCGGCCACUGAUCAGGUGCCAGUGGCAGAGCGUCAGGCAUCCGGCGCGCACAAGGGUGAGCAGGCUGCAGAGCGCCAGAUGCCGGAGGUGCCCGCGGUGGGCGUGGGCGAGCAAAAUGCAGCCCACUGGCAUGGCGGAGCUGGCCCGGAUGAAGAGGUGCAGGGACAGAGGGAUGACCCAAUCGACGUGGACGAGACGGCGUUUGGCCAGCAGCAGGAGGAGCAGGCUCUGGAGCACAAACAGGAGGAUGGUGCGGCAGGAGUGGAUGAACUUGUGGCCGAGGAGGGUGAGGCCGUGGCGCUGGAGGACGAGGAGAUGCUGGAGCAAGGCGAGCCGGGGGGUGAAGAUGGUGGUGGUGAUGAGGAGGAGGGCCGGCAGCAAGGCGAUGACGUGGCGGAGGAGUUUGACCUGGCAGCUCUCGCAGGGGACGCUGGCGCAGUGGAAGGGGGCUUCUGGCAGGAUGGCGGUGAUGGCGGGCUGGGCGCUGUCGGCCUGCCUGACCUGGAGGACGAGCUGCGCGAGGGCCUGGAGGGUGCGCCACACGCGGGCGGUGCGGCACAGGAGGCAGCAGAAGAUCUGGCGGCAGCCGAGGGAGCAGUUGGUGGCAGCGACGGUCGCAUUGAGCAGCCGGCUGCGACAGAGGAGCUGGAGGAGCCUGGCGAGGGCGGGCAAGGUGAUGAUGACGGCGACACGGUGCCCACAUACUCACGGCCGCCGAUACACGAGCAGCAGCAAAAGCAGCAGCAGCAGCAGCAGCAGCAGGAGCAGGAGCAGCAAGCAACUCAGCAGCAGGUGCUGGAGCAGCCACCGCCAGCGGCUGAGCCCGGGCAGCUGGCUGGCGAGGCUCAGCGCCCCACGCAGAACCCCGCGCAGCAGAGGCAGGCGACCCCAGACCCGGGCGCAACGCAAGGCGACACGGAAGCCGGCACAGCGGCAGGCGGCAGACGCAGGCGCGCUCCUAUUGUUUGGGGCUUAGACAAGUCGGAUGAUGCAGCCGGCCAAUAG